AUGGACACACUCCCCAAAUACAGGCCUGAGUUGGUAGUGAAGAAACUUCGGUAUUAUGCCCGCUACAUUGUAGUUUGUUUACUUCUGAACAAGAUGGACCAAGUGAAAGUGCUGGUCAAGGAGCUGUCAGAGGAAAUUGAGGACUAUACGCAGCGAUUCAACACAGAAGAUCAGUUAGAAUGGAAUCUGGUUUUACAGGAAGUGGCAGCUUUUGUGGAGGCAGACCCAGUUGUGGUGCUGAACAAUGAAAAUACUGUGGUCAUCAUAUCCAAUCGGCUACAGGAGGGGGGCAUGCCUUCGUUGGAACAGGGCAUGGUGGUUGGUCAGCUCACCCUGGCAGAUGCACUAAUCAUUGGCAACUGCAACAACCAGGUGAAGUUCAGUGAGCUAACCAUCGAUAUGUUCCGCAUUCUCCAAGCUUUGGAGCGGGAACCAGUCAACCUGGCCACAACGACAUCUAAACAUGGAACAUUGGAACCCAGCGAGAAGCCAGCCAAGAGAGAGAACCCUCACAAGUACCUGCUGUACAAGCCAACGUUCAGCCAGCUCUUCACCUUUUUGUCUGCUUCCUUUAAGGAGUUGCCAGUGAACAGUGUGCUGCUCGUCUAUCUUUCAGCCACUGGAGUCUUCCCUACUGGAUGCUUGGAUUAUGAGGGACCAUAUGACUUUGGAGGAGUCCUCACCAACACGAACCGUGAUGUGGUCAACGGGGAGACGGUGCAGAAAAGGAACCACGCCCAAAAAGAGAUGCACUGCCUUCACCCUGGGGACUUGUUCCCUUUCACCCGGAAGCCGCUCUUUGUCAUUGUGGACUCCGCCAACAGCACAGCCUAUAAGAAUUUCACUAAUCUCUUUGGUCAGCCGCUGGUGUGUCUUCUAUCUCCCACAGUCUAUCCAAAGAGCAUGCAAGACCAGUCCCAGCGCGGCAGCCUUUUCACACUCUUCCUGUACUGCCCCCUUCUGGCUUUCCUCUCCGUGUGUGGCCUGAGCAGCCUUCGCCAAGGAUUGUGGGAGAAGGCUGACGAGUUUCUAUGCAAGGUGUUCCGUGACAUUGGCCAGAUGAUUACACGCUCACUAGCUAUAGACCAAGCAUUUCUACAGUUCUACGGUGACGAGUUCCUUCGAUUGUUACUGAUCCGCUUUGUGUUCUGCUCGGCUACACUGAGAAUGCACAGGCUCUUCCAGGACUCCAGGAGCUUCCCGGAAUCGUACCCUCAGCUACCUAAACAGGACACAGUGGAGAGCAGCUUCCUGCGGAAGCACGUUCUGGAGCUGGCUGCCAUGUUGGAUGUGCAGCGCCUCUUUUGGGACAGAGCGCUGGAUGUGAACUACUGA